AUGACAUAUACAUCCUAUGGAAUUUGGAGUCUCCAGAGGGCUCAUACUAAGCAGAAGGCAUGCAAGUCAAUGGGCAGGAAGGCACCAGGCAAGCAGCUGGACACCAAGGUGGCCUGCAAGAGUGCGCAAGUCACGGGUGGUGUGAAGAAGCCACACUGCUACAGGCUUGACACCAUGGUACUGUGCAAGAUUCGCCACUACCAGAAGUCUACCAAGCUGCUUAUCUGCCAGCUGCCGUUCCAGCAGCUGGUGCACGAGAUUCGGCAGGACUUCAACACCAACCUGCGCUCCCAGAGCUUGGCCCUCAUGGCACUGAAGGAGGCAUGCGAGGUCUACCUGGUGGGGCUCUUAGAAGAUACCAACCUCUGCAUAUUCCCCACCAAGCACAUCACCAUUAUGCACAAGGGCAUCCAGCUGGCGGGCUGCAUCCAUGAAGAGAGAGCAUAA